CCCGUCCUUUUCCCUCAAACACAAACCUACAAAAAAUGGCGGGAAAUUUUGGCGCCAUAAAUUCCAAAAUAAUUCCCAAAAACCCGACCCUAUUUAAACCACUUUACCACCCUUCGUUAUUGUUCAAUUUUACUUCCAAACCCUUGUUCCAAUCUUCUUACCAUCGAGGUUACUUCUCCAUAACAAUGGCGGAAAACAACCCUAAAACUCAAAGCCCAGAAAUCAAAGAACCUACAACUAAACUCCAAAAGAUUGAGACCCAUGAAAAUCAAAAUGGUAACAAUCAAUCCUUUAAUACUGUCUCCUUCUUCAAGGUCAAAAAACACUCUGAAAAGGCUGUUAUUCCUUCUCGAGGCUCCCUUCUUUCUGCCGGCUACGAUCUCUCCAGUGCGGUAGAUACGAAGGUACCAGCAAGAGGAAAAGCAUUGGUUGCUACUGAUUUGAGUAUCGCUGUUCCUCCAGGAACCUAUGCUAGAGUUGCACCCAGAUCAGGACUAGCAUGGAAACAAUCCAUAGAUGUGGGAGCAGGAGUGAUUGAUGCAGAUUACAGAGGACCUGUUGGUGUGAUUUUAUUCAAUCAUUCUGAUGUUGAUUUCGAGGUGAAGACCGGAGAUCGCAUUGCUCAGCUGAUAAUCGAAAAGAUCAUAACUCCUGAUGUUGUGGAGGUCGAUGAUUUGGACUCUACUGACAGGGGAGCAAGUGGGUUUGGUUCUACUGGUGUUUAAAUUAUGUACGGCUUGAAUUAAGGUUUUAACAUUGUUGUUAGACUCUCUAAAAUAGAUAUUACUGAAAAAAUAGUAAGAUUUUCAAGCUUAUGGCAUAUAUAAUAGUACUAGUUUAGUGAACAUGUUUUUGGUAUCUAGUCUAGUAAUCAGUUUCCCACAAUAUGAUACUGAGCAUCCCUAGUUU